CGACUCGGCUCAACUGCGGAGUUUGUCCAACAUACUGUACUCCAUAGUCGAGUCCACGUAUAGGAAUUAACCAAGGUUGGCUCGGUUCCUUAGUAGUCUAAGAAAGGCGCUCGGCGAUUACUUACUGUACACUGCUUUCUCAUCACAAGUCUGAUGAGCCGCGGCUCAUUUGCUCCCCGCGUUUCUGCCACCCCCGGAGACUGAUAAAAAAGUGCAGCUCCGGCCUUCGGGUACCAUAGUUCUCCUCUACUUUUCUUUUUUGUAUUCCUUCUCUUUCAGCUUUGCAGAUUUGUCGGUCUAUCCUAGCUUCAAAUCUUCACCACAUAGCAGCCAUGUCUUCUCCACAGCAGCGUUUAUCGUCCAUCUCCAAGCAGUUGUCGCCUGAAAGUGUGUCGGCGGCCAAGGCUAAGAUUCUCGCAAAAAACCCCGACGAUGUGGUCAUCACAUAUCUCGCCCGUACGCCGCUCACCAAGGCGCGCAAGGGUGGCCUCAAGGAUACCUCCGUCGAUGACCUCCUGAUCUCCCUCCUUACCGCUGUCCGCGAAAACUCCAAGAUCGACCCCAGCCUCGUCGAGGAUGUCUGCGUCGGCAACUGUCUCGCCCAAGGCGCCGCCUACAUUGCCCGCUCCGCCGUCCUGGCCGCUGGUUUCCCAGUGUCCACCGCCGCCUCUGUGACCAACCGCUUCUGCUCCUCCGGCCUCCUCGCCGUUCAAAACAUCGCCAACCAGAUCAUCGCCGGCUCUAUCGAUGUCGGCAUUGCUGUGGGCGCCGAAAGCAUGAGCACCAACGCCGAUGGCGGUCCCCCCGAGAUGGCCCAGCGUAUCAACGAGCACUCCAUCGCCUCGCAGAACUACAUGCCCAUGGGCCACACGUCGGAGAACGUGGCCUCACAGUUCGGUAUCACCCGUGAGCAGCACGAUAAGUUCGCUGCUGGUAGCUACCAGAAGGCUGAGCGGGCGCAGAAGGCUGGUUGGUUCGAGGAUGAGAUCGUGCCUAUCAAGACGCAGAUCAAGGACCCCAAGACGGGCGAGGUUAAGGAUAUCGUGGUGGACCGGGAUGAUGGCAUUCGCUACGGUACCACCGCCGAGUCUCUCGGCAAGAUCCGCGCUGCUUUCCCCCAGUGGCAGCCCAGUGCGACCACGGGUGGCAACGCUAGUCAGAUUACCGACGGUGCUGCGGCGCUUGUUCUGAUGAAGCGCUCCCAGGCGCAGAAGCUGGGCCAGCCUAUUGUUGGCAAGUUCUGCGGUGCUACCGUUGCCGGUCUGGAGCCUCGGAUUAUGGGCAUCGGCCCUUCCUUGGCUAUUCCUAAGAUUCUGGGCAAGUUUGGUCUGAACAAGGAUGAGAUCGAUAUCUUUGAGAUUAACGAGGCUUUUGCUUCUAUGGGUGUCUACUGUGUCGGCAAGCUGGGUCUGGAUGAGAGCAAGGUGAACCCCCGUGGUGGUGCUAUGUAAGUAAUCCCAGACUUGCCGUGUCAUUCUAUACUAAUUGUGCAACAGCGCCUUCGGUCACCCCUUGGGUGCUACUGGUGCUCGCCAAGUUGUCACUGCCUUGGCUGAGCUGCGUCGCCAGGACAAGCGUGUCGCUGUGACUUCGAUGUGUGUUGGAACUGGCAUGGGUAUGGCUGGUAUCUUCGUUUCCGAGCACUAGAGCCUCGACAUUUGGUCUUAGAAUUCCCCCUUUGUAAUUAUGUAUAUAUCUCACACAUGAAUUGCGAUGCAUGAUACACGUCCAGUGGAUGAG